GAAUUAUACGAGAGAAUUGUAAAUUACAGAAAAUAAAUAAAAAUAUGUCAAAAAUAAACUUUUAUAAUAAUUAUUAAGGCGAACCCUUAAAGAAUACAGUUUAAAUCAAUUAAUUUAAGUAGUUUAGUGGAAAAGUGUAUAAAUUUUAUUUAAUCAAAAGGUGUGAACGAACCACAGAAGUUUUGCAGAGAAAAAGUCUGUAUCAUAAAGUAGUCAAUAUGUAUCUGUGAAGAAUGUUGAUAGUUUUUCUUUCAAUCGCAAAUUCAGUUCACUUGAAAAAAAAUCAAUUAGUUUACUUGAAAUAGAAGUAUGUUAAUAAUUGUUAAUUGUGUAAAUUUGGGAUGAAUUCUCAAGAAAAUGGAAUGAAAAUCGAAUUAAUAUCUACUCACUCGCCUCACCCUUGUAAUGAAUAAAUCUGUAUCUUGUAGUUGUCAUACACUAGUUUGUAUGUACAUAAUUAAAAAAUAGGAGCAAAGAAAAAUUGUGUGAAUCGAGUCCAAGAAUAAAGUGGAUUCCUAAGAUCGCAUUGUAAAUACUAACGUUUAAAAAUACUGUAAAAUUGUAAGAAUAUUGAAAUCUAACUGCUGAAGAACUAGACAUGGAUAAUACGGACAAAAUAAACUAUAUGGUUAAUAACCCGGUUGACAAUCCAAUGGCAGAGGCUUUAAAACAGCAGGAUGCAUUUAAUCAGCAUUUAACAAACAUACACCAAUUUCCAAGUGAUGAUCCGCUAAAUAAUGAGUUAACAAAUGUCCAGAAAAUGUCAUCCAAUAACGGUAGCAUGUUUGUUAGUUGUGAUGCCCCCAUAGCUACUACUACUACUAGUACAGGUACGCUUGAUUGUCCAAAAGCAACCAGUAGCCCUACUUCUUCUCUGUUAAAACAUGAGAUGCCUGCAGAUGUCGAAAUACCUCCAGUAUAUCCAAACGAUAUGUGCGAGAGUCAGAAGCGUAAAUCGCCCGUCGAACCAAAUGUCGACGUGAGUCAUUUGGCAAAAAAACAACAGCUUUGUCAGUUAGCAGAGGAGAAGAAAAAGUCUAGUUUGAGGAAAAAUAUUCGAGAAGUUAUGGACACUAACCAGUUGGAUACGAACACGUUAAGGGCACAGCAUGAAGAAUCCGAACGUUUGGCCCGUGUAGCCGAGCAGCAGAAACUUCUAAGAGAAUAUCAACAGAGAGAAGCUGUAUUAACCCAUUUCGAUCGUUUUGUUAAUGAACACAGAGUACGGGACCCCGCCGAUCUUAUACCCGAACAGAAAAAGGCCAACUUACAUAAAGUUCCGGAAGAGAAUGAUGUGAAGGUAGAACAAACAGCUACCUGUCAAUCAUUUGAGAGUACAGAAACAGAAACUGAUACAGAACCGGUUAAGAGUGCUGAAGACAAAGAAGAUGCGGUGCCGGCUGAAGUCGUUACCAUCGAAGACAGCUCUGAUGACGAUGACUGCAUCGUGUUGUCAGACGACGAAGCCGAACUAGAAGAAGACAACGAAAACGAUGAUCCGCACAAUAGCGGCAUGCAUGUCAAGGAUGAGUUUAAUGUGCCCGAUCACUUGGGUCGAGUUGUUAUCAAUGUGGGCCACCCCGAGGACGAAGAAGACAUAUUUAUAGCCCCACAAAUAGCCCGCACCAUUAAACCCCAUCAAAUCGGUGGAGUUCGUUUUCUAUUCGAUAAUAUAAUUGAGUCGAUUAAACGUUUCAAAAGUUCGGGGGGAUUUGGUUGCAUUUUGGCCCAUUCAAUGGGACUUGGCAAGACCCUCCAGGUUGUUUGUUUUAGUGACAUAUUCCUAAGGUAUACCCCAUCAAAACACGUCGUAUGCGUAAUGCCCAUAAAUACCCUACAAAACUGGUUAGCAGAAUUCGACAUGUGGAUACCAAAACAGUCUGACAAUCCCGAAUACAUUAGACCGCGACACUUUGAUGUCUUUGUACUUAACGAUCAACAAAAGACUCUCACAGCCAGAGCCAAAGUAAUUUUGCAAUGGAAGGAAAGAGGCGGAGUUUUGCUGAUUGGCUACGAACUAUAUCGGCUUUUAGCACUUAAACUAAGUACGGCCGGGAAACGUCGCAGUAAAAAAUGUCAGACUGCGAAUGAUAAUUUCACCGAAUCUCGCAGUCGCGUCAUGGAUGAAGUGUACGAAGCUUUGGUGAAACCAGGGCCCGAUUUAAUUAUCUGUGAUGAAGGUCAUCGUAUUAAGAACGCUCAGGCAGGCAUUUCACAGGCCCUUAAGCAAAUUGGAACUCGCCGACGAAUUGUCCUCACCGGUUACCCUUUGCAGAAUAACUUACUCGAAUAUUGGUGUAUGGUUGAUUUUGUACGACCCAAUUACUUAGGCACAAGAACCGAAUUUUGCAAUAUGUUCGAAAGACCAAUCCAGAAUGGACUCUGCAUUGAUUCUACGCCGGACGACAUAAAACUAAUGCGCUAUCGUGCACAUGUCUUGCACUCGUUACUUGUGGGCUUUGUUCAAAGGAGAUCACAUACAGUACUACAGCUUUCAUUGCCCGAGAAGCAGGAAUUUGUGAUCCUUACCCGCAUGUCGGAGUUACAGAAACAAUUGUACGACACAUUCAUGAAUGACAUUGUGCGUACAAAGAAUGUACCCAAUCCACUUAAAGCAUUUGCAGUAUGUUGCAAAAUCUGGAAUCAUCCAGAUGUUUUGUACGAUGCUAUGAAGAUGGCCGAUUCCGGUUUAGAUUGGGACAUUGAAGAAGUCGAUGAUAUACCGAUUGCAUCAAGUGUAAAUAAAAAUGGCUUCCCACCGCCUGUGCCUGCGACAACUGCUUGCCUUCCUCUUAACACCGAUACACCUUUAACACCGUCUGAAACACAAACGUAUCAGCCGAUCUUAAAAUCCUCCAUUCAUGAUUCUGAAACAAGCACGCCUUUAUCUGUACAACAAUUGCAAAAUCAAAAUGAUCUAAAGGACACAUCACAAGCAAUUGCACAGACACUUUCUGCAUCAGCCACGAAAACUAACAACUAUCAAGGGCCAUCGCUUUUUUCAGAAAUGAAUCAGUUUGAAAAUCCUACUCUCAAUACUGUACCCUACAAUCCGGACAUGCAAUCAUCAUAUUUUUCCUAUCCGACUAUGAUGAGUAGCAUGGGUCGCCCGUUGCAACCCAACUAUGUGGGUUGUAUGCUUAAGCAAACUGCCCACGAGACAAGUAAUGCGGACGACUCGCACAAUUCGUCAUCGGAAAUAGUCGAUUUGGAUACAAAUGAAAUUCGAACGAUCGAAACCGACAUAGACAUGGACAAAAAUAUCCCAUUAAAUAAAGACGAUAAAAGCGAUAAACCGAACGCAUCAAUUGAUAACGAUAAAUCAGAGACGGACAGUCAUUUUAGUAGUUCGAUUGGAGCUUCCGAAAAUAAUGACGUCGAACAAAAGAAGGGCUCUGAAAAGAUCACGUACGACUGGGCGAUGAAAUUUAUGAAGAAAUAUGAACCUGGUCUCAUUUCGAACUCUCCUAAAAUGGAAAUAUUUUUCUGUAUUCUCAACGAAAGCGUUUGCAUAGGCGAUCGUGUUUUAUUGUUUAGCCAAAGUUUACUAACAUUAAAUCUUAUCGAGAAAUUGCUGCAGGCCAAUCGUAUUCCUGGUGAGGACACUAAUUGGACAUAUAACAAACAUUAUUUUCGUUUAGAUGGUUCAACAACUUCUCAAGAAAGAGAAAAGUUUGUCAAUGAAUUCAAUUCGAACACAAAUGUCAAGUUGUUCCUGAUCUCAACAAAGGCUGGAUCGUUGGGCAUCAAUCUAGUAGGAGCCAAUAGAGUUAUUAUCUUCGAUGCAAGUUGGAAUCCUUGUCAUGAUACACAAGCUAUUUAUCGGAUUUAUAGGUAUGGCCAGCGAAGAGCUUGUUUUAUAUAUCGUUUGGUUAUGGACAGAUGUUUGGAAAAGAAAAUUUAUGAUCGACAAAUAAAAAAACAGGGCAUGUCUGAUCGUGUGGUCGAUGAAUGCAACCCUGAUGCCCACCUUUCCAUAAAGGACGUUACCAAUCUAUGCUACGACUACGACGAUGACGAUGACAAAACAAAUACCUUCGAAUAUAUAAAGCCUUUGGAUACCUAUACGGACACAAUAAUGAAAAUCAUUUUAACCGAAUACAAAACAUGUUUAACCAAAGAACCAUUCUUCCACGAAAGUCUAUUAAUUGAUCGCAAAGGCGAAAAACUAUCACAGGCCGAGAAGAGAUUGGCACAUCGCAGCUAUGAAAUGCAAAAGAAGACUUCAGCUAAACAAACAGUUUAUUCAAACUCUAACAGAAUCCAAUAUCAGACUGUGCGCAAAGAUGGUUCUUUAAUUACCCGACCAGUCGCUUCGGUUCGUCCCAUACAGGCACCCAGGAGUCAAACAACUCAAAAGAAUAGCAGUGGCCUAAGAACUACCAGGUGGAUACCGGCAGAAGUGUGGCAAAAACAGGGAAUGACUGCCCAAGAAAUGUCUUUACCACUAGAUGUUGUCAUACCAACAAACUCAAGCAAUAAAUCAAAAAUUAUAAUCAAGGCUGGCCAAAGGGUAAUGGUACUGAAAUCGGCCAAGGGCAUUUACAUGCAGCUAGAUAGCGGGAAAAUAAUAGCUAUAAGGACUUUAAACAAACCGAACGUUGCGACAACGGAAAAAAGUGAUGUUAUUGAUAUAACUGGAGAAUCGGAAACUGCAUCGUCGAAAGAGUCGCCAAAGACUGAGAAAUCCGAAACUGAUAAUGCAUCAUCACCUGCCAAUAAAGAUGCCGAUUUAAAGCUAAAUAAUGGAAACGGUAAUCAAAAUGAUGAAGCGCCAAAGGAAGCAUCCAAUCAAUUAAAUCUAUUCAAUAGUUCUACUAAUGUGGACACAAAUGUUUUCAACAACAAUAACACAUCAAUAGAAUCAGAAAAUAAGUCUAAAUCGAAUCUAAUGAUCAGAGCAAACAAUGAUACUCAAGAACAAAGUACAUCACUGCAUUUUAGUCAGCGACAACAGACACAAAUUCAGCAACAACCAGCUCAACCCGUGCAAUCACAAUCGCAACCACAACAGCAGCAGCAGAAUUCGCAUGUUUCUCAUACUCAAACACUUAACGAACAGCAACAUUUGCAAUCAAAUCCUCCACAGAUUCCAACUCAAACUCCAACUAUUUCGCAAACGCAGCUAAUGCAUUCUCAACAGCCGACAGCUUACAGCCAACAUCAAACAUAUGCCUACACACAACAUCCAACAUUGCGUAAUUCAGCCGCUCAUUAUACCGCCGUUCGAGCAGGCGAUAUAAAUACAUACAAUUCCUAUCCACAAACACCACAGUAUACAGACUACCCAUCUUAUGGAUCUCAGCCACAAAGCACACGUUAUCAUCCGACCAGUAGUAAUUCGUCUCACACAAACAUUGCUCCCGUGGUUCAUCCCCCACCCCCUCCACCUCCUCCCACAAAUCCCCAAACUGCAGCAGCCUCGCAUCCACCAUCGCUUUCAGAUUUCUACGGAUCAUACUAUCCGCAAUGGUCGACAUUUAUGUUAACAGCGCCUACCCAAACGUCAAAUGAUAAUCCGCAUUUGAUGCAUAGCACAUAUCCACCACUUGCAGCUCAACCUCACUCACAUUCCCAUCAUGCCAAAGUGCAAUCAAAUUCCCAUCCCUGGCCACAAUAUCAUCCAUAAUAGUAAUAAUAUAAAUUCCUAUAUCAACAUAUAGGAUCGAUCACAUUUUACACACUCACACUCCCACACACACAAACACACACCACACGUUUGCAACAUACAAACCCAUACAACAAUUUACAAUUUAUAAAUAAAUUUAUAAAAACUUUUACUUUAAACAAAAACAAAAAAACAAUUAUCAUAAUUAAUAUGAAUAUAAUAAGAAUACAUUCAAACAAAUACCUAGCUUAGUAAUAAUUGAAAUUAAAUUAAUAAAGUAAAAUAAUAAUUUUAAAAGAUACAA